UUGGGAGCACAAGGGAUGGCAGCACUUCAAGGAGGAUCCUCCCCGCGGCCGGAACCGCUGGCAGGGAUCACUGACACCCCCAUUCUGCUAUUUGGGGUGGCUGACAAAUGCAGCUUCCUACUCAAAGCCAAAAAUACGGAGCUGAGGGAGCAGGAGGACGAGGUGCCAGCAGAGCCAGAGUUACAUAAAGUGCCAGAAAACCCUCCCAGAUGGUUUCAUCCAAAUAUCACUGGGGUGGAGGCAGAAAACCUGCUGUUAACAAGAGGAGUGGAUGGCAGCUUCCUGGCACGGCCCAGCAAAAGUAACCCAGGAGACUUCACACUCUCUGUUAGACGAACUGGAGCUGUCACCCACAUCAAGAUCCAGAACACAGGUGACUACUAUGACCUCUAUGGGGGAGAGAAGUUUGCCACGCUGGCUGAGCUGGUCCAGUAUUACAUGGAACACCAUGGGCAGCUCAAGGAGAAGAAUGGAGAUGUCAUAGAGCUGAAAUAUCCCCUCAACUGCGCUGAUCCCACGUCAGAAAGGUGGUUUCACGGGCAUCUCUCUGGGAGAGAAGCUGAGAAACUCUUGACAGAGAAAGGAAAACACGGGAGUUUCCUGGUGCGGGAGAGCCAGAGCCACCCCGGGGACUUUGUCCUGUCCGUGAGGACGGGGGAUGACAAAGGAGAGAGCAACGAUGGCAAAUCCAAAGUGACACACGUCAUGAUCCACUGCCAGGAUCUCAAAUACGACGUUGGAGGAGGGGAGAAGUUUGACUCUCUGACAGAUCUGGUGGAGCAUUACAAGAAGAACCCCAUGGUGGAGACUUUGGGCACCGUGUUACAACUCAAACAGCCCCUGAACACCACCAGGAUUAACGCUGCCGAGAUCGAGAGCCGAGUGAGGGAGCUCAGCAAACUGGCAGAGACCACGGAUAAAGUCAAGCAGGGCUUCUGGGAAGAGUUUGAGACCUUGCAGCAGCAGGAAUGCAAACUCCUCUACAGCCGCAAGGAAGGGCAGCGCCAGGAAAACAAGAACAAAAAUAGAUACAAAAACAUUUUACCCUUUGAUCACACCAGAGUUGUUCUCCACGAUGGUGAUCCCAAUGAACCCGUUUCAGACUACAUCAAUGCUAAUAUUAUCAUGCCCGAGUUUGAAACCAAGUGCAACAACUCGAAGCCAAAAAAAAGUUACAUCGCUACCCAAGGCUGCCUGCAGAACACAGUGAAUGAUUUCUGGAGGAUGGUGUUCCAGGAGAAUUCCCGAGUUAUUGUCAUGACCACGAAGGAAGUGGAAAGAGGAAAGAGUAAGUGUGUCAAGUACUGGCCUGAUGAAUAUUCCCUGAAGGAAUACGGAGUGAUGCGUGUCCGGAAUGUGAAGGAGAGUGCAGCACACGAUUACACCCUGAGAGAGCUGAAACUUUCCAAAGUUGGCCAGGGGAACACGGAGAGGACGGUGUGGCAGUACCACUUCCGGACCUGGCCCGACCACGGCGUUCCCAGCGAUCCCGGGGGUGUCCUGGAUUUCCUGGAGGAGGUGCACCACAAGCAGGAGAGCAUUCCUGAUGCAGGACCUGUCGUGGUGCACUGCAGCGCUGGGAUUGGGCGAACAGGAACUUUCAUUGUCAUUGACAUCCUCAUCGACAUCAUCCGAGAGAAAGGGGUGGACUGUGACAUCGAUGUCCCCAAGACCAUCCAGAUGGUGAGGUCCCAGCGCUCAGGGAUGGUGCAGACAGAGGCUCAGUACAGGUUCAUUUACAUGGCAGUGCAGCACUACAUCGAGACCCUCCAGCGCAGGAUCGAGGAGGAGCAGAAGAGCAAGAGGAAAGGUCACGAGUACACAAACAUUAAAUAUUCGUUAUCGGACCAGACGAGUGGGGAUCAGAGCCCUCUCCCCCCCUGCACCCCAACCCCAACGUGUCCAGAAAUGAGAGAAGAUAGUGCUAGAGUAUAUGAAAAUGUGGGGCUGAUGCAACAGCAGAAGAGUUUCAGAUGAGAAGAUAUUGAGAGCCUUCCAGGCCAAGGCAGACAUGAAAAUGGUUUUUAAAAGGUCAAGAAAGAGAUGGAAGAAGCUUCACGUGAGCAGUGAGCUCUGAGGGCUUGGUACCUUUUAAUUUACGGUUUUAAUCCUUCAGUAGGCAAAACUUCAGAGCAUCUAAAGAUUGUUUUUAUCUCUUCUCUCCAAUUUCCAAUUGCUCGUUUUCCAAAUAAAAGGAAAUCCUUUCUACAAGGUAGACAAUUACUUUGUAGAGUCAGUUUUGAAUCCUGCAAACUGUUGGACUGUCAUCCAUUUUGUUUUUUUUUU